GUCUCUCCCCAUCCGGGGCAGCGGGGAAUGGCUGAGCUCGGGGUUUGCCGCCCCCGCCGCCGCCGCCGCCGCCGCCGCCGCCGCCGCCCGCUUUCGGCUCGGGCCGCAGGACCUUAGCAUCCUGAGACAUUUUGGAUUCAUAGCCCUCAAGACUGAUCCAGUCAGAGCUCAUCAUGUCAAAGUUGAAAAGCUCAGAGUCAGUCAGGGUGGUGGUUCGCUGUCGACCCAUGAAUGGCAAGGAAAAGGCUGCUUCAUAUGACAAGGUGGUUGAUGUGGAUGUGAAGCUGGGACAAGUGUCUGUGAAGAACCCCAAAGGAGCAGCCAAUGAAAUGCCCAAGACCUUCACGUUUGAUGCAGUCUAUGACUGGAACGCCAAGCAGUUUGAACUCUACGAUGAGACGUUCCGACCACUUGUGGACUCUGUCCUGCAAGGUUUCAAUGGGACGAUUUUUGCCUAUGGACAAACUGGGACUGGGAAAACCUACACGAUGGAAGGAGUCCGUGGUGACCCUGAAAAAAGAGGGGUCAUUCCUAAUUCAUUUGAUCACAUCUUCACCCACAUCUCUCGAUCCCAGAAUCAACAGUACCUGGUCAGGGCUUCUUACUUAGAGAUCUACCAGGAGGAGAUCCGAGAUCUGCUCUCAAAGGAUCAGAGCAAAAGGCUUGAGCUCAAAGAGAGGCCUGACACUGGGGUGUAUGUGAAAGACCUGUCUUCCUUUGUCACUAAGAGCGUGAAGGAGAUAGAGCAUGUGAUGAAUGUGGGGAACCAGAACCGUUCUGUCGGUGCUACCAACAUGAAUGAGCACAGCUCACGUUCUCAUGCAAUUUUUGUUAUCACUAUCGAAUGUAGUGAGGUGGGCCUUGACGGUGAAAACCAUAUCCGUGUAGGGAAGUUGAACCUUGUAGAUCUUGCUGGCAGCGAACGGCAAGCCAAGACUGGUGCACAAGGGGAAAGAUUAAAGGAAGCUACCAAGAUCAACCUCUCUCUUUCAGCCUUGGGUAAUGUCAUCUCUGCCCUGGUAGAUGGCAAAAGCACUCACAUUCCAUAUCGGGACUCAAAGCUUACUAGGCUCCUCCAAGAUUCCCUGGGUGGGAAUGCUAAGACUGUGAUGGUGGCCAAUGUGGGGCCUGCUUCUUACAAUGUAGAAGAGACUCUGACCACUCUGCGAUAUGCCAACCGUGCCAAAAACAUUAAGAACAAACCAAGGGUCAAUGAGGACCCUAAGGAUGCCCUCCUUCGAGAAUUCCAGGAAGAGAUUGCUCGGCUCAAGGCCCAGCUGGAAAAACGGUCCAUUGGCAGAAGGAAGAGGCGAGAGAAGCGGAGGGAAGGUGGUGGCAGUGGUGGGGGUGGGGAAGAGGAGGAGGAGGAGGGAGAAGAGGGUGAGGAGGAAGGGGAUGAUAAGGAUGAUUACUGGCGGGAACAACAAGAAAAACUGGAGAUUGAGAAGCGUGCCAUUGUAGAGGACCACAGCUUGGUUGCAGAGGAGAAGAUGAGGCUGCUGAAGGAGAAGGAGAAAAAGAUGGAGGAUCUGCGGCGGGAGAAGGAUGCUGCUGAGAUGCUGGGUGCUAAGAUCAAGGCCAUGGAGAGUAAACUACUUGUUGGAGGAAAAAAUAUAGUAGAUCAUACAAAUGAACAGCAGAAAAUUCUGGAGCAGAAACGACAGGAAAUUGCAGAACAGAAACGUCGUGAAAGAGAAAUCCAGCAACAGAUGGAAAGCCGAGAUGAGGAGACUUUGGAACUUAAAGAGACGUAUAGCUCAUUGCAGCAAGAAGUGGACAUCAAGACCAAAAAACUCAAAAAGCUCUUCUCCAAGCUUCAGGCGGUGAAGGCUGAGAUCCAUGACCUCCAAGAAGAGCACAUCAAGGAACGCCAAGAGCUGGAGCAGACUCAGAAUGAGCUCACCAGGGAGCUGAAACUCAAGCAUCUUAUUAUAGAAAACUUUAUUCCUCUGGAAGAAAAAAAUAAAAUUAUGAAUAGAUCAUUCUUUGAUGAAGAGGAAGAUCAUUGGAAAUUACACCCUAUAACCAGACUGGAGAAUCAGCAGAUGAUGAAGCGGCCAGUCUCAGCCGUGGGGUAUAAGAGACCACUGAGCCAGCAUGCAAGAAUGUCCAUGAUGAUGCGUCCAGAGGCUCGAUACAGGGCAGAAAACAUUGUGCUGUUAGAGUUGGACAUGCCCAGCCGGACCACCAGAGACUAUGAGGGCCCAGCCAUCGCCCCCAAGGUCCAGGCUGCACUGGAUGCAGCGCUGCAGGAUGAAGAUGAGAUACAGGUGGAUGCAUCAUCCUUCGAAAGCACUGCAAAUAAGAAAUCUAAGGCCAGGCCUAAAAGUGGAAGGAAGUCGGGAUCCUCCUCUUCUUCCUCAGGAACCCCUGCAUCUCAGCUUUAUCCACAGUCUCGGGGGCUGGUUCCAAAGUAAAGCCAGUUCCUCCUCUCCCAGGGCGUAAACAGCAUUUGCCUUCUGAGAGAAGAGACAAAAAGCUGCAGAGAGGACUUGAGCCUAAACUCAGAACUGUUCCCCUGAGGAGAAGCAAUGGCCUCUUUGCAGAUUAACCAACUUAAUCUGGUCGAACGUGCUGGUCCUAAUCCGGCACUCAGUCCCUCUGGGAAACGUCUUUUAAUUAGCAUCUCAGAAAUGCAUGGGUAAGGUAAAGUGCAGUAGUCCAAGUGGAAAGCAAGAGAAUGACCAGUGACCUUGCUUCCCUUCUCCCUUUUCUUCUUUUCCUUCCCCUUCUCCUGCCCUCACUUCUCUCCCCUCUCCUUUUCUAGCCUGUUCUUUACACUGGGCUCCCUUCUUGUUGAACAAUAGGGCAGAAUUACUUUGGCAGGACCACAUCUUUGGAGCCUUAGGAUAAAAUGACACUGAGGUGGAAAGGCCCUAGAACUUGAAUGCGUGCCUGUUCUUAUAGAGAGAAAUGCAAAAUCUCAUUUGGAUCCAGGCCCCAGGUGGGCACCAUCAGCAGCCUCGCUUCCAUGCACAUCUGUGAGAAUUGGAUCUGCUCAAUGAGGAAGUCUCUUCCAAUCUCUGCUCCUGAGGGAUUCAAUGUUGGAAGCAAUAGAAAUAACAUUCCCUUUGCCUCCUUGGAGCAUUUAGGGAAACAACUUCUUUAAAACCUCAAAACCAUGACCAUCCUAUCAAAGGCCUGAGUCUACAAGCCGGUGCCAUGUCAUACAAUACACCAGGUCACUUUACUCUUUAUUUGUCCCCAUCUUUUCCCAUGCACACAUCCUCUGAGCAUCCUUGCAUAGAUAGGCCCAUCGUCUGCCUCCAGUGUGUGCGCUACAGUGGGCCUAUUUUGCGGGAGAAGGGAGGCUGACUCUGCCUUCACUGGCGGGACUAGAACUGAGGGAAGGAGACACAUAGUGGCACUUUUGAAUUCCCCAUUUUGUUCCAUAUUGGCAUAAAGAGCCAAAGAGUCACUAGGCAGAUGCAGAGAUGGAGACACGAGACUCAGCGCAGUGGGAAGGGAAGACAUAACCGUCGGAAGUAAAUGAGCCCUGCCUGCUUUCAGCAGAGAACUCACCGAACCCUAGAACUGGGGCUCCCUCCAGGUGGAGCCUGAGACACUGGUGAGGAAUGGCUGUGUGAUCGAAUAGGCUCAGAGGAGAGUUCAGAAUUCCCGUUUACAUAUACUAGUUUGGUUUGUAAGUUUUAGUUUCUUGUAUUAUUGAGAUUUGAAGCUUCAUUUUAUGUUGGUUAUCAGGUGACUGUUACUCACAUUCCCCCCAGAGAAGCUCUUAAGUGUGUAUGGGUGUGUGAGCACAGUGGUGCCUGUGUUCUGUGAGUGUGUCCAUGCGUGUCUGUAAGAGAGAGAAAGACCCAGAACUUGCCCAAUUUUAGAAGUAUACUAAUGUGCAGUUAUUGCCUUUUGUCUGUAUUAAAGGCCCAUUUAAUGACUAAUCCAGGCUGGAAGCACUCCCACAGGGAUGUCUGAGUCCAUGAGCCAAGCCUGAGGGGACAAUAGGAGUCCCCAGGUCUGCCACACUGGUGCACCUUGCUGGCACGGUGCCUCAGGACAGUGGCGACUCAGGUGGGCCCUGAGUUAUUUAUUAUAUUUUAACUCAGCUGCUCAGUUCCCAGGGCACAAUUCUGGAUCAGAACCUGUGGGAAAGAGGAGGUACCAAGUGCAAUGUCUUAGCAUUCUGCAAGAUGGAGAUCUGUUGUCUGGCCACUUAUCUCCUUUUUAGUAACCAUUCUUUUUGCACCCAAGGACCCUUUUUGGCAGUUCCCAGAGCAUAAUGGAGCCUUCCCUCAUCUUUUCUCUAGAUCAAACGUGUUUCUUUCUUGUUUACUAAGAAUUUGCCCGUUUGAAUAGGAACCAAACAAUGAGGUGGAUAGCCUAAGAUGGUUAUCUGCUGGUUACACAUGUCUCUCCCACCAUAUUUCCUCAAAGUUAGUCUGAAUUCUGUAGGCCAAAAAUAUUCAUGUAGCAUAUCUGAGAAUUGAAAACUACGAGUAACACCAGACCUUAAUGCUAAGAUCUCAAGGUGGCUUUUCUGACCGAGAGUGGUUAAGUGACACAUAGAACUUUUCUACAAAAGUAAAAGAAGGAAGCCAGGUUGACAGGCAUGAUUCUUAAAACAAACUCACCUUGUACUAAGCUGUGUUCAUGUGGUGGUCUAUGGACACAGUAAAGGAACACCCACUUGGAGGGAAGCUGUCCCUUUCCAACCAGUCUCUGGUGCUUUUCCUCUCUCAGAAUGGAUCCGAUAAAUAUUUGAAUAGAGCAGAUGGUAGAAUGUCUUGCUGCCACCAGAAAGCUGCUGCUUUCAGUUCUGAAUUGAACCAAGUAUAUAGAGGACCCACCAAGCCCACUGAGGGACCAGGUUUUUAAUGUCUGUAGUCAUGCUAGAAUGGUCCAAGCCAUCUGAGGGCUGUCAUGCCAGCUGCAGCUGCUGAAGUCUUAACAGGAUCUAGUGAUUAUCAGCAGCAGGAGUUUGAGACUGUUGGUGCAACCUUCUUCAGACCCCUGUGUGCUCUGAUCGGUAGAAUGUAUCUGGCUUGGUGUUUUAAAGUCACAAGACCCCUGGAUUCAGAGCGCAAGGCCACAAAUCAUAGGCAUGAAGCACUUUCUUAAGACUCUGACCUAACGUUGGAUCGUUCCCCCUAAGCCUGCAUGCUGCUUGAAUUGCUCCACCCACACCUCCAUGACCAAGGGCGCCAGAGAGCUGCAGCUCAGGCAUGGGCCGCUCUCUGCUUGUUUUCCUGUCAGACUCUAGUAAGUCCUUCCUCACUGAAUGUAGAACCAUUGCCAAGUUUCUGAGAAGUGUCGAUUCCCUGUUAACACAGGAUAUCAGUUCUGCCUCAACAUUUCCCACUUAAGGUGGAGGCAUAGUGCAAACAACACCUUGGACCACCUAAACCCCAUCUGUGGAUGAAAAUGGGGCUAUUAAUGUACUCUAAAAGCCAUACUAAAAAUGCUCAGAGGGAACUGGAUAAGAAUAGUGGGCCUGGCUACUGUCUAUCACGCAAGGCUUUGUCUUGUGUUGUUCAGAAAUCUGUCACCUUUCUGCCUGCCCUCUUUGUCUUGUAUUGUUCAGGAAUCUGUCACCUUUCUGCCUGCCCUCCUUUCUUGAAUGAAAUGCUUUUGAGGUUAUUUAUGAAAGGAGUGAUCCUGGGGCAGGCAAGAAGUGGUGGGCUUUAUGGCUCCUUGGAGUUGCUAUUGAUCUUGACCUUCUCUUUGGCUACCUUUAGACAAAGAAUAUGCCAAUACUUGGGGCUCUAAGUUUUACAAUUGAUAUUUAUUUGUAUCAUCUCUUUGUCUAGGAAUGUAAAAGUGAUUCUAAACUAAGAUGUGUAAUAAAAAUCAAUCAGAUUUAUUGUACCUACA